GUAAGCACAGCUCAAUUCAACCAAUCGCCCGACGCAACAACACCGGUGACCCAAAACCUUGACAUGGUUUUAGAAGAUAGAAGAUGUAUGUACCUUCCGAUGCAAAACCCAACGUGGGGAUUCUCGCUAUGUGCCAUCUAGAUGUGGGCAUAAGACACGAACCUCAAAAUGAACAUAUGAUGAUUAGUACGUGCCCUAGUGAUCCACGAUCCACACCCACGCCGCGCCCUGGCAGCGUUACUCAAUGUUCAAUGUUUCAAUCGUUCAACGAUGUUCAACCAUGCAUUCUAUUCUGAUCAAGUGCCUAAUGUCGGUGCGCGUAGAUCAUCACAGAGUGGUAUAAUGCAAAACUCAGGUAGUAUAGGGUUUGGUUCGAGUUCUAAUGGGGCAAGGAGAGGGAAGAAGAUCGACGUUGAUCGAUGAGCGACCAUUAGAGACUGGGUAUCAUGGUCAGACAGAGAUAUCCUGAGGCACGAAGGUUUGCGUCUCUAUCUACUCUGCCUUAGGGAGACUAGUAUCAUGACUUGUUCGGAGUCUCGAUAGAUGCUACGACUGAUGAUAUCAAAGAAGGCAUGCCGACGACUCGCUGUCAAAUUCCACCCGGACAAAAAUCGUGACGACCCAAACGCCGAAGAACGCUUCAAAGAGAUUACCGUAGCGUAUCAAACCCUCUCUGACCCUGUUCUCCGCACUGAGAAGUAUAAUGAAUUCGGACCUAAAGGAAGCGCACCUGAUGGCAGAUUUGUCGAUCCCAAAGAGGUCUUUGGCACAAUAUUUGGUGGCGAAAGAUUCGUACCUAUUAUUGGACAUAUCAGUUUCGCCAAAGACUUGAAGAAGGCUCUGCAGGGGGCCGAUGAGUUGGGAGUAGAGAACAAAAAUGUGCAGAGGGAUGCGAAAGGACGUGAGGGCUUGUCACCUGAGGAAAAGGCUAGAAGGGAGGAAAAAGCAAAAAGGUCGCUGCUGAGCUUUAUUCACAGAAAGCAGCUGAUCGUACGGAACGAGUGCAAAAACUCGUCAAGAACCUUGAAAGGAAGCUCGGUAUCCUCACCGAGUCCGCUACUGGACCCAAUGAUCCUCAAGUCAUCGAAAGUUACAGGACGAUAUGUCAGCUCGAAGCAGACUAAGGGAUCACUUUACUGUAUCCCCUAAGGUUUCCUUCGCUUAGGUACUCAUCCCCAUUUCGUAGGCAGCUCAAGAAAGAAUCCUAUGGCGCAGACCUUCCACACGCCACCGGGUUCUUUAUGUCUCGACAGCCAAGCAGCAUCUGGCUAUUAACCAGACGUUCUUGGGCGUAGGCGGAUGGUUGCACAAUGUGCAAGGCAAAUAUCAUGUCUUCAGCGAAACGUGCGUCUUCGUUGUCAGGACUCCCCACUGAGUAACAUGUAGACAAUGAAACUAUUUAUGUCACACAAAGUAUCGACGUUACGGUCUGCUAUUGAACUCAAGAGUGUCUUUGAGUAGA